AUGUCGAAACGAUUAUAUCCUAGUGGAUCUGAAAAAAGGAAAAAAGCCGCCCAUCAGAAAAAACUUAUUGACAAAUUGCCAAAAUUAGAAUCAUAUUUGACGAAAGAAGAAACUUCUGUAAGUAGCCAUAAAUUAACAAAUCCUCCACUUGAAUCAGAUAAUGCAAAAUGCGACCGUCCCUAUGGCGAAAAAGCAACAACUUCGUUGACUUCGCCAACAAAAAUAAUUGUGUCAGUUGAACCACAACAGUUUUCCGCCCCAGAACAUAUUAUAUCACACGACCUCGCUGAUUAUUUUAACGAAAAUUUGACGGAGGCAAAUCGUAAAAUAUUGAUUUGUAAAGGACCUGCGUAUUUUCAAAAUAAAGAUUAUGACUUUUCCGAGUCAUCUAGAACCUACAAAGAAACAAAUAGUAAUAAAUCAAUAACUAGGUAUUUCAAUAAAGCAUUAUUUAUUCGUAAAUUAAAAAACAAUGAAAGUGUUGAAAGAAAAUGGUUGUUGUAUUCGCCUUCAAAAAAAUCAGUAUUUUGUUUUUCAUGUUGCUUAUUUAACCCUUCUGAUACAAGCCUAUGCUCUCAAAGUGGAUGUAAUGAUUGGAAGCACAUUAAUAGUAUAAUUUUAUCACAUGAAAAUAGCUCAGCACAUGGUUAA